AUGUCGACACCUGCAUCACCGUCCGCGCAUGGCAGUGGCCGGCGCAGCAGCAGCAGCCGAAUCCCUCCAGGAGGAGGAGGAGGAGGAGGAGGGGGAGGAGGAGGAGGAGGGGGAGGAGGACGAGGCCUCUCGCACCGGCUCACCCCGCCCCUGUCUCACCGACCUGAUCGCUCGCCGAACCCCAGUAGCAGCACCAGUAGUAGUCACACCCAUGGCUCAUACGCCAACACCGACUCUCCUCCGCUAGACCACGAGCCGGAACUCGAGUUGUCGUCGCUUCCUUCCCCGCGACUUACUCGUGCCAGCGCUAACCGCGGGAGCCCUCUUGCUUUUCUCCCCACCACCGCCGAAGACGACGCAGACCCGUACCCCUCCCGUUCUCCCGCCAGCUACUUAUCGGACCGCGACCGCCCGUUGACAUCCCCCUCCGCCGCCGCUGCCGUCGCCGCAGCUUCAUACCUCUCGUACGACUCCGGCCACGAGCUCGAUCGCAACCGCCGCCCACCGCGCCGACCACCACCACCACCGCCAAAACAAUCACACUACUCACAACACCGACCAAACACUGAUACUAGCGGCUUCGACUUCGGCUUGGGCUUUGGCGCCAAAUUAUCCGGCUGGUACAAUCACAUGAAGGCGACACAUUUUCCGCUGCUGCGUUCGUCGCCAGCAGUAGGCACCGGCAGCUACGGAGCCCUUCCGACGAGCUACCAGGGAUCCGGUGCAUCUUCGGAGACCCCCUCGGACGAGGACCACGGUGCUACCACGGAGGAAGAUGAGGGACCGCUGUCAUCUGCUACCGACGGACUGAUGGGUGGUGGUGGGACUCGCAACAGAAAAUGGAAGGGCAUACGGACGGGUGUGGAAACAAGAGAAGGACUAGAAGGCUAUCAGAUGGACCCGAAUGAAGCAGGGAGUGAGUCGGAAGCCGUGCUGGAUAUUGACGACGAAGAGGACAACGAGGAAGAGGAGGAGGAAGACGAAAAUGACCCAAAGGAUAAUUCACCCUACCCGGAAGUGCGCGCAUCCGUCCUGGCGACCGAUGACGAGUCCCUGUCGAUCAACACGCCCAGAAUGUGGACCCUGUCACUGCUCUUCACGCUCGUCGGGUCGUCGACGAACCUGUUCUUUUCGCUGCGCUACCCGUCCAUAUCGAUAACCCCAGUGAUCGCCUUGUUGCUCGCGCAUCCUUUAGGAAAGCUCUGGGACCAAGCCUUUCCCAAUGACCUUGAAAAUGAAGUCAAACCGACGGGGACGCUGGGUCGGUUCAGAAGUUGGCUGGGCCAGGGGCGGUGGAAUAGGAAGGAACACGCUUGCGUAUAUAUCAGUAGCAACGUCUCCUUUGGCUUUGCCUUUGCUACCGACGUGAUCGUUGAGCAAACGCACUUCUACCAUCAGGACCCUGGCGUUGUUUACCAGAUCCUCCUGACGUUGUCGACUCAAAUUCUGGGCUACACGUUUGCCGGGUUGACGCGGCAGUGGCUGGUACGGCCAAGUAGCAUGAUCUGGCCAGGAACUUUGAUGUCCACGGCGAUGUUCACGACAUUGCACGGCGAAGAAAAUAAGCCAGCCGAUGGGUGGGAAGUUUCGCGGUGGAGGUUUUUCAAUUAUGUUUUCGCCGGAGGCUUCGUAUGGUAUUUCGUUCCAGGCUUCCUGAUGCCCGCGCUCAGUUACUUCAACGCUGCGACGUGGUUUGCUCCCGAUAAUGUCGUCAUCUCGAACUUGUUUGGUGUCAGGUCGGGCUUGGGAAUGCUGCCGGUGACCUUUGACUGGGCGCAGAUUUCGUACAUCGGAUCGCCGCUAAUGACACCGUUCUGGGCUGCUGCAAAUGUGGUUGGAGGGCUGAUACUCGUGAUGUGGAUCAUCGCGCCAAUCAUGUAUUACUCGAAUGUGUUUUACAGUUCGUACAUGCCAAUACUGUCGAGUGAUGUGUUUGACAACACGGCGCAGACAUACAACGUUUCGCGCAUUCUCACGCCACAGUUCUUGUUCGACGAGGAGGCGUACAAAGACUACAGCAAGGUGUUUAUGCCGAUCACAUAUGUACUCUCGUACGGCCUGCAGUUUGCCGCGCUGACAGCUUUGGUCACACACACGGCCUGUUGGCACGGGAAGGACAUCUGGCGCCAGUGGAAGAAGGUCAUGCAGGCUCCCUCCCGACGGCCUGCAGGUGGUGCCGAAUAUGCUCCGAUCGCGACACCAUCGUCUUCGGCGGGGGGGAGGCGCGCCAGGCGGCGUAGGAGCCGUCGUCUGUCGACUGUCAGCGACGGCGAGUGGGAGGAGAUGGUCAAUGGCGAUGAUGUUCACAUACGGCUGAUGAAGAAGUACGAGGAGUGUCCCACGAGCUGGUACCUUGCGACCUUUGUUGUUAUGGUUGCGGUCGGCAUCUUCGUCGUCGAGUAUUAUCCCGUGCACCUUCCGUGGUACGGGCUUCUGCUGGCGUUGGGCGUUUGCGGCGUCUUCUUCGUUCCCAUCGGGAUCGUCAUGGCGAUCACCAACACGCAGUCAUCGCUCUUCCUCGUGUGUCAGCUCAUCUGCGGCACCAUCUUCCCCGGCCGCCCGGUCGCCAACAUGGUGUUCGUCAUGUACGGGUACAUCACGUCCACACAGGGGCUCAAAUUCGCAGCGGACCUAAAGCUGGGGCAUUACAUGAAGAUCCCGCCGCGCCUCCUGUUCAACAUCCAGCUCUUCGCCACGGUAGUCGGCUGUCUGACGCAGAUCGGAGUGCUGAACUGGAUGUUCAACAACAUCCCCGGGAUCUGCACGCCCGAGGCGCUGAACGGCUUUACGUGUCCCAUCGCGCGCGUGCACUUCAACGGCUCGAUCCUGUGGGGGGUCGUAGGACCCGGCCGCUUCUUCGGCUCGAAAGAGCUUUACCGGCCAUUGAUCUGGGCGUUCCUGAUCGGUGCGAUCGCGCCAGUCAGUAUCUGGCUCAUCUGGCGGGCGCGCGGGAAGCCGCGCCGCUCCUUCCUCAAGGCCAUCUCGUUGCCUGUGCUCUUCGGCUCGCUGUCGUGGAUCCCGCCCGCUACGGGACUCAACUUCUCCGCUUGGGCGAUUGUGUGCUACGUCUUCAAUUGGGUACUCCGUAGGCGCCGCACAGAGUGGUGGGGGAAGUACACCAUGACCCUCAGUGCCGCGCUCGACGCGAGUUUGGCCUUCGGCCUGGUCGUCGUGUUCUUUGCGCUGCUCUAUCCCGGCUGGGGAUGGCUGGAGAAUCUGCAGUGGUGGGGUACGAAAGUGCAUACGCAGGGCUGCGACUGGAGGGGCUGUGCGUUUAAUGAAGUACCCGAGGGCGGAACGUUCGGGCCGAAGUUUGGGAGCUGGUAA